AUGUCUGAGUUGUUGGAGAAAGCCAAGAACUUUGCGGGAGAGAAAGUGGGUCAUGCAAAGAAGCCAGAGGCAGAAGUCACAGAUGUUGAUUACAAGACGCUGAGCUUAGGAUCUGUUGAGUACCUUGCUAAAAUCUCUGUGACCAAUCCCUAUGGAGUUGACCUCCCCAUCUGUGAUAUCACUUACACCCUCAAGAGUGUUGGCAGGGAGAUUACAUCUGGAACUGUACCAGAUCCUGGCUCAAUAGAAGGAAAGGACAUUACUGUGCUUGAGGUACUAUUGAAGGUGCCACAUAGCAUAUUGUUGACCUUGGCAAAAGAUAUUGGAGCAGAUUGGGACAUUGAUUAUGAGCUGGAUAUAGGCCUCACCAUUGACCUUCCUGUCUUUGGCAACUUCACCAUACCACUUAACAAGAAGGGAGCGAUCAAGCUUCCCAGCGUCUUCUGA